CAAACUUUUUCGGGCCUGGGAUGAAAACAUGCGUGGACUCCUCCUCCCCCGCCUAUUUUCUUAAACCCUACGACUACAACUGUGAUGUAUGAAACCCUUAUUCGUUGAGCUGGUCGAAUCAAGAAAACAGAAACGAAAAUGGGCAAGAAGAAAUCAGAAUCACAAGGCGAUGGCGGUGGUUCAGAUAAGCAAGAGCACAACGCACUCAUAUCCGACGUCGCUUCAUUCGCUUCCUCACUGGGUCUCUCUUCUAAGACCGGACCUCUCAAACAGUCCAAGGAUGAGCUCAAAAGAGACAACCCAGUGAAGAAGAUGGUGACGAAGAAGAAGAAGAAGAGGAGAGAUGAUCCUCCUCUACUCCCCAAGCACCAGCCCAACAACCACAAAUAUCCCAAAGAUCAGCCCAAGCCCAGGGCCCAGCCACCAUUGGCCCCAAUUGAUAACAAGAAUCACACUUUUGACAAAUUCAAGAAUCUCCCCAAACUACCUCUUGUCAAGGCCAGCGCUCUGGGUGUAUGGUAUGUCGACGCUGCUGAAUUGGAAGACAAAAUUUUGGGGAGUGCUGACAAGAAGAAUGUCGCGUACAAAAAUGUCGAUGAGUGGAAGUCUUUGGUGUCUAAAAAAAGGGAUUUGGGGGAGAGGCUCAUGGCUCAGUAUGCGCAGGAUUUCGAGGCAUCCAGAGGCAAGAGUGGGGACAUUAAGAUGCUCACUGCUACCCAGAGGUCUGGUACUGCUGCUGACAAGGUUUCUGCUUUCUCCGUGAUGGUCGGGGAGAAUCCUGUAGCUAACAUCAAGUCACUUGAUGCACUCAUAGGAAUGGUGACGUCAAAAGUUGGAAAGCGUCAUGCAUUGACAGGAUUUGAAGCUCUGAAAGAGAUGUUUAUUUCGAGUUUAUUACCUGAACGCAAGCUUAAAAUCUUGUUUCAGAGGCCUGUAAAUCAUCUACCCGAAUCAAAAGAUGGUUACUCUCUCCUACUCUUUUGGUACUGGGAAGAUUGUCUAAAGCAGAGGUAUGAGCGAUUUGUUUUUGCACUCGAGGAAGCGUCAAGAGAUGUGUUAGCUGUACUAAAAGACAAGGCACUAAAGACCAUGUACACUUUGCUGAGUAGUAAAUCAGAGCAAGAGCGCCGACUGCUAGCUGCACUAGUAAACAAACUAGGUGAUCCUGAAAACAAGGCCGCGUCUAAUGCCGAUUAUCACUUAUCAAAGCUUAUAUCUGAUCAUCCAAAUAUGAAGGCAUUAGUGAUUGAUGAGGUGGAUAAUUUUCUGUUCAGGCCUCAUUUGGGAUUGCGGUCAAAGUACCAUGCUGUUAACUUUCUAAGUCAAGUUCGUCUAUCCCACAGAGGAGAUGGGCCUCAAGUAGCGAAACGUUUGGUAGAUGUAUAUUUUGCUUUAUUUAAGGUACUUAUUUCAAUGGCUGCUGGGGGACAUAAGGCAGAUAGUAACAGUAAAGAAGAACAUAAGAAGCUGUCCACUUCCAAAGAGAAGGAAAAGCCAAAUUCAUCAGAGUCUCAUGUUGAAAUGGACUCCAGAUUAUUGACGGCUCUUUUAACUGGUGUCAAUCGGGCAUUUCCUUAUGUUUCAAGUAAUGAAGCUGAUGACAUUCUUGAGGUCCAGACACCGAUGUUAUUUCAAUUGGUGCAUUCCAAAAACUUUAAUGUUGGAGUUCAAGCAUUGUUACUUCUUGAUAAGAUCUCGUCAAAAAAUCAGCUUGUAAGUGAUCGAUUUUAUCGAGCUUUGUACUCAAAGCUUCUGCUUCCAGCUGCUAUGAAUUCUUCAAAGGAAGAAAUGUUUAUUGGCUUACUAUUAAGGGCAAUGAAAAGUGAUGUUAAUCUGAAGCGAGUAGCUGCCUUUGCCAAGCGCUUGUUGCAGGUUGCACUCCAGCAGCCUUCUCAGUAUGCCUGUGGAUGUCUCUUUCUACUCUCUGAAGUUCUUAAAGCAAGGCCACCUCUGUGGAACAUGAUCCUCCAGAACGAGUCAGCUGAUGAUGACAAUGAGCAUUUUGAAGAUGUUUUAGAUGACGCGGAAAAUGACGUCGAAGCUAUACCAGAUAAACCAAAUGUCUGUGAGGUUGCUAGCAGUAGGAAUGCCUGUGAAACAAAUGAUAGUUCUAAUUCAUCAUCAGAUGAACGCGAUUGUUUGACAUUUGGGUCGGAAAAUGAGGUCUCUGAUGAAGGUGAUGACAUAUUUGCUGCUGGUGUUUUGAAUGAUCCCGGAGAACCUAAAGUGGGGUCUGAACAUACUGGUCCACAGUCACUAGUGCUAAAUGAAAAUAAAUUGAAGGCUUCAUUACCUGGGGGAUACGAUCCACGUCACCGUGAACCUUCUUACUGUAAGGCGGAUUGCGUCAGCUGGUGGGAGUUGAUGGUCUUGGCUGCACAUGCGCACCCAUCUGUUGCUACAAUGGCUAAGACCCUUCUUUCCGGGGCAAACAUAGUGUACAAUGGCAAUCCAUUACAUGAUCUUUCACUUUCAUCUUUCCUGGACAAGUUCAUGGAGAAGAAACCGAAGCAAAACAAAUGGCAUGGGGGCUCUGAUAUUGAACCUGCUAAAAAGCUUGACAUGAGCAACCACUUGAUUGGCCCAGAGAUUAUCUCAUUAGCUGAGAUGGAUGUAGCCCCAGAAGAUCUUGUAUUCCACAAGUUCUAUAUGAACAAAAUGAAUUCCUCAAAGAAGCAAAAGAAGAAGAAGAAAACAACAGACGAUGAAGCUGCCGAAGAAUUGUAUGGUGGGAAUGAUGAUGAUGAUGAUGAAAGAGACAAUGAAGAAAUUGAUAACAUGCUGGACUCUGGUGAUCCUUCUCUGGAGGCUGAUGGUGAUUAUGACUAUGAUGACUUGGACAGAAUUGCAAAGGAAGACGAUGAUGACUUGGUUGGAAAUGACAGUGACGAAGGGAUGGAAUUUCCGUCAGACAUUGCUGAUGGAGAAGAUGGGGAUACUGAUGAUAACUAUGACAGCAAUGAUGAUGAUGUCGACAUAGGUGAUGCUGAUGAUGGGAGUGAUGAAAAAGAUAUAUUUGAGGAGAAGAAUCGAAAAAGAAAGCCAAAUCAGCAAAAUAAAGCAUCACCAUUCGCAAGUAUAGAAGAAUAUGAACAUUUAUUAAAUGAGAGUCCGUCGGAAGACGAGGAAAAGAAACAUAAUAAAGGGAAAAAAUCCAAGUCAAAAAAGAAAAGAAAGACCUCAAAAUGAGUUGCACCUGCUUUUUUGUAUCAAUAACCUGGUCUUCUUGACAUCCUUUGUAUGUGUAUUCAUUACCUGUAACAAUGUCAUGUUUUUGUUGUAUGGGGAUUGGUGUGGUUUUUAUGAUAUUUUAGUAUUCUGGUAAUUUUCCCAAA